CAUAGCAUGCUGGGAAAAGGGAAAGAUUCGCCAUCUUGCUUGAACGAAGUAGCUAGCUAGUUAGCGGCUUGCAAAAAUAAUCACGUUUCUGUGCAAGUAUACAUCAUAAACAUCGUUGCCUCUCAUCGCUUUAAGUCGAGAUAUGCGUACCAAGCAGUAGGGCAUCUGAAGGCUAAAUCCGAUGCUAUUUAAGGUUCAAACAUAGCGACUGAGUAUUAAAAACUUAAGGUCUGAAAAAGCGGUCAUGGGCCGUUCCAGGAGUCGCAGCUCUUCCCGCUCCAAACACUCGAAGAGCAGUAAGCACAAUAAGAAACGAAGCCGUUCCCGGUCGCGGUCGAGGGACAAAGAGAGGUCCAAAAAGCGAUCAAAGUCCCGAGAAGGAAAGAGGAACCGGCGUCGAGAAUCACGCUCGCGCUCCCGCUCAACCACAGCGUCCUCCCGCAGGGAGAGGGAGAGGGAACGGGAGAGAGCCGCCUCGCCCCCUGAAAGAAUUGACAUCUUUGGUCGGACCCUGAGCAAGCGGAGUGCCCUGGACGAAAAACAGAAGAAGGAAGAAGAGGAGAAAAAGGUCGAAUUGGAGCGACAGAGGAAGAUCCGCCAGCAGGAGAUCGAGGAGAAGCUGAUCGAGGAGGAGACGGCACGUCGGGUGGAGGAGCUGGUGGCCAAGCGGGUGGAGGAGGAGCUGGAGAAGCGGAAGGACGAGAUCGAGCGGGAGGUGCUGAGGAGGGUGGAGGAGGCCAAGCGCAUCAUGGAGAGGCAGCUGCUGGAGGAGCUGGAGAAGCAGAGGCAGGCCGAGCUGGCCGCGCAGAAAGCCAGAGAGGAGGAAGAAAAAUCCAAAAGGGAGGAGCUGGAGAAGAUUUUGGAGGAGAAUAACCGUAAGAUCGCUGAAGCCCAGGCCAAACUGGCUGAGGAGCAGUUGAAAAUAGUGGAGGAGCAAAGAAAGAUUCACGAGGAGCGGAUGAAAUUAGAGCAGGAGAGACAGCGGCAGCAGAAGGAGGAGCAGAAAAUGAUCCUGGGGAAAGGGAAGUCCCGGCCAAAACUGUCCUUCUCUUUAAAGGCGGUCGAGUGAACCGCGCCCUCCCCUGCCGGCCCACCCGCCCCCCCGCCGACCCCCACCCCAACUUCCCCCAGGGACAAAGACGAACCCGCUCAGCGUAUGGUAGCUUCAUGUUGAAGUGUUCCUUGAAAAGUCUGGCUUGUUGUUAUUGCUCCUGUGGGCUGUGCUCAGAAGUCUCUUCUGGGGAAAAGGAACAGAAGAGGAGGUGUAACUAUCGUAAAUCCCGACUGUCCACCACGCUAACCCUGUCACUCUUCUUGUUAUUCAUUUUGGAAUUUCUUUUUUGGUUGUAUUUUUAACUGUCAGCAUAGGAAAGUCCCAUUCAGACUCCACCCAGUCUCUUACUGUGGUUCAUCAGAAACUUUUUGUAAAGCAAGCUAAGUUAAGUGGGGGAGUGAAAUGACAAAAGGACAUGCCGUAGUGAGACGAGACGAGUAGUAGCACAUAUAGUCAUGUGAAUAAAGGUUCUGAGUGCUGAUUGGGGAUUAGCCUGGGUCUGUGGUAAUGGGAGAGGCCAGUGCCUCAAACAAAAAAGGAUGCUUCCCUGCAAUGAAGUGUGGCCCACCCGUUACCCCACUCAUGAGGAUCUGACAGACUCACCAGCUGGUUUCCGAAUCGGUGUACAGUACCUCAGCUCAUUAGCAUCUGCUCCGUCAUCUUUUAAAACUGUUUAACCAUCGUGCUGGAUGGUAAAAAAAGAACAAAGAACAAAUAUUUUAUUGCACAUUUUUUCCUCCACAUGCAUUUUUGGACCCAGGGAAAUCCUCAAGCAGACUUAGAGCUAUUGCGUGUCCCUCAUUUGGACAGGUGAUAGCUUUUGAGGUAAAAGGCUUUGUGUGAUGCAUAAUAUUAUAGAAUCUGUGAACGUGUGCUGUCCGUAAGGUGGUGUAUGAAUCUGUUAAAAAAAAUGUUCCCCAUACAAUUUACUAUUAUCUCUUUAAAAUGUUGAUUCUGAAGGCUGACCUGGUACAGGUAAGAUUGACUUUCUGCAUGUUUGCUGGGAGGGGUUUAGUAUGUGUGUGUGCGUGUGUGUGAGUGUACAUGUGUGUGUGAGUGUACGUGUGUGUGUUGGGUUGGGGUUGUUGAUGUGGGAGGGGGAGGGUGGGAAUAAAAAAUGAAGUCAUUUUUUUGUGGUCAAAAGUUUGAUCUAUUUCCUUCACCCUGGAGACUGUACAAUUCACCAAUAAAAACCAUGGAAUGCG